CCUGCACUUCCUCCACCUGUCGCCCCGCCGUCACAGGAAGUCCCGUUCCAGCCUCCACCAAUCCGCGCCGCGGUUUCCAGCUCCCGUACUGGGGGCGGGGCGCUGUAAACACUGCGUUGCCAGGUCACAGCAAAAUCCCCCCUUUUAUUUGAGGGUUUUUUUCCUUUUUGCGGAACGAUCCCUGCGACGCGUCCUUCGCCCCGACGGCGGAUUGAUUUUUUGUGGGAUGGACGCAGGAAACCGGAUCCUGGACGCGGUGAACACAACGAGCAUCCACUGGAACGGAUUUACCAAAACACGGCAGUGGCGAGCGGGGACACCCGACCGGCGGGGACGGGGAGAGUGGCGUCAUUUCGCCGUGUUGAUCCGCUGCUGGAUGGGUGAUGAUUCCCGGUGACUGUUCGUCCGGUGUCGGAUUAUCUCCGCUGUGCCACCGAAAGAGAGGCUUCCUCGUCCCGCCGGCCGGCCUGACAUCACCGCCCGCUCGUCAGGGGAUGAAUCAUCGCCUUCAUCGCGGGCUGCUGGUGCUGCUGGUGGGGUUCGGGAUGCUGUCGCUGUACUGUUAACACACAUAAAAAAAAAAACACACACACACACACACACAACAGCACCUCCCGCACGCCCCCGCGCGUCUCCUCCCCCCCGCAGCGCGGCGCGUCUCUCCCCGGGAGUCAGCAUGGAGGACAUCCUGCGUAAACUGCAGAAAGACGCGUCCGGCCACAAGCACAAAGCCCUCCGCGACGCCUGCGUCUACGCCCGCGAAACCCUGGAGUCUCAGAAUGGAUCAGUCAAGAUUUCCCCCUCAAAGCUUCGAGAGCGAUGUCUGCUGCCUCUCCAGAUGGCUCUGGAGUCUAAAAACACCAAACUGGGACAGACUGCGCUUACUGGGAUGCAGAAGCUCCUGUGCGAGGACAGGUUUGUGGGCGGGGUCAGCCGGGAGGUGGAGGUCCUGGAGAAGCAGCUGCUCAGCCAGAUGUUGGAGGCCAUCAGAGUCACCCCAUCCCUCCACGAGGACUUGCAGGUGGAAGUCAUGAAGGUCCUGCUUUGUAUCACCUACUCACCCAACUUUGACAUCAACGGAGACUCCAUCCUGCGGAUUGCUGAGGUGUGUAUCAAGACCUACAUGUCCAGCUGUCACCAGCGCAGCAUCAACACGGCGGUCCGAGCCACACUGAGUCAGAUACUGGGAGACCUGACGCUGCAGCUGAGGCACAGACAGGAGGGGUCCGAUGGAGACGAGGCGACUGCCGUGCCGCUGCACAGGAGAGAUAUUUCUCCCACCAGCCAGGCGCUGUGUGAAGACGUGGUGACGGUUCUGACAGUGUUCUGUGAAAAACUGGAGUCGGUGGACAGUGAGAAUCAGCUCCUCCAGCUCUUCUACCUGGAGUGCAUCCUCUCGAUGCUCAGCAGCUGCCCUCCCACAAUGCACCUGUCCAGAGGCUUCACCGACCUCGUUUGGAAGCAGCUGUGUCCGUCACUCGUGGCGAUCAUGGGAAAUCCUGUCAACGACAAAACGAUCGCUUCCCACCACGGCUACACGGGGCCGUCGGACCGCCUCUCAGACAGACACGGUCUAGGAAUUGGCCAGGAGGUCGACCCCUCUGGCGCAGGGGUGUCCGAUCACGGCAGGGGGUCCGGCUGCUCCUCCAGCGCCCCCGCCAGGAUUGCGGCGGUGGUGCGAACCGUGUGCUACAUCGCCGCGGAGCUCGUGCGCCUGGUGAGCUGCGUGGAGUCGAUGAAGCCGGUGCUGCAGUCGCUGUACCACAGGAUCCUGCUGUACCCGCCUCCUCAGCACCGCACCGAGGCCAUCCGCAUCAUGAAGGAGAUCCUGGGCAGUCCCCAGCGGCUCUACGACCUCGCCGGGCCGUGCGUGGCUGAGCCUGAAACCAGGAAGCGCUCCUUCUCAAAGAGGAAGUCCCACCUGGACCUGCUGAAGCUAGUGAUGGACGGGAUGACCGAGGCCUGUAUGAAGGGAGGCAUCGAGGCGUGUUACUCGUCGGUCUCCUGUGCCUGCGCUCUCCUCGGGGCGCUGGAGGAACUGUCGCACGGCCGCGGCAUUCAAUCCGAGCAGGCUCCGCUGCUCCUCAGGCGACUUGCGGACAUGAAAGAUGGGACGGAGUCGACGCGCGAGUCCAUGGAGAUCAACGAGGCCGACUUCAGGUGGCAGAGACACAUCCUGUCCUCUGAGCAGGCUCCCUGGGAGCCCUGCUCCUCUUCCUCCCACGUGGCUGCCGAGCGCAGCCCCGACAUCAGCAUCAGCAUCACCACGGAAACGGGCCAAACCACCGUGGAUCUGGAGGCGGGGGAGCUCGCCGUGGGUCUGGCCCAGACUGCCCCCGAGGAGCGUGGGGAGGACGCACACCUCCCCUCGCUCCCGUCCUGUGGGGACCAGGAGGGGAGCCAGCACGAGCCGAGCGUCGGGGCGAGCGGACGGGAGGAGGGAGGACGGGGAGAAAAAGAGAGAGCUGGAGGAGGAGGUGGAGGAGGAGGAGGAGGAGGUGGAGACGUUGGUGGUGGAGAAAGAGGAGCUGUUGUUCCUCCAGAUGUGGUGCAGCGAAGUCACGGCCUGGUCUACCCCGACAUCACCAACUUCCUGUCUGUGGAGUCCAGGACCAGGACGCACCCCGGAGGAGGGUCGCGAUACAGCGAGAGCAACUUCAGUAUCGAGGAACAGGACUUGUCGCGCACCGAGUUCGACUCGUGCGACCAGUACUCCAUGGCCGCGGAGAAGGACUCGGGCCGCUCCGACGCGUCGGACAUCGGCUCCGACAACGCCUCGCUGGCGGACGAGGAGCAGCAGACACCUCCGCGACUGCCCGAGACACCCGCUCGCUGCGCAGCGCCGCCCUAUCUCUCUAGCUGCUGCGCAACCCAGGAGGCCGACCAGCAGAGCGCCAAGCUGUUCGCGCAGUCGCUCGCCGCGCUGCUGCCCCGGCUGCUGGGACUGGGCUCGGCCGCCGAGGUGGACCUGUCGCUGCAGAACUUCUCCUCGGCCUUCUGCUCCGGACUGCAGGCCGGUGGGAUCCACUCGCCAGGCUUCGAGGACGGAGACACCCUGAGCUGUCAGUCCCUGAUGAACGCCGACGGCCUGUACCUGGUGUCGUACUACGCUCUGCUGCUCAACCUCAAACUCUGCUGCUGCGACUACUACCGGCGGCGCACGCUCGCACCCGUCCUCAGCCUGAAGGAGUUUGUGCGUCUGAUCCAGAGCAGUGGCAUCCUCGUGGUUCUCUCUCAAGCCUGGAUCGAGGAGCUCUACCGUCAGGUGUUAGAGCACAACCUGCUGGGCGAGGCCGGGUACUGGGGCUCCCCGGAGGACCACGCGCUGCCGCUCAUCACCGUGCUGACCGAUGUAGACGGUCUGGGCAGCAGUGCGAUUGGAGGACAGCUGAUCAGGAGGGCGUCCAGCAGAUCGCCGCUCAGCUGUGACAAGGCGGGCAGUGACACAGUGUUGGCAGGGGCAGUGUUCUCGCGCUUCAUCCUCACCGGCGUGUGGAAGAACCUGAUCGACGUGCUGUCCACGCCGCUGACCGGCCGCAUGGCGGGCAGCUCCAAGGGCCUGGCGUUCAUCCUGGGGGCGGAGGGGGUCAGGGAGCAGAGCCAGAGGGAGAGGGACACCAUCUGUCUGAGUUUGGACGGCCUGCGCAAAGCGGCCGCGCUCAGCUGCGCUUUGGGUGUGGCUGCUAACUGCGCCUCAGCUUUGGCCCAGAUGGCCGCAGCCUCGUGCGUGCAGGAGGAGAAGGAGGAGAAGGAAGUGGGCGAGAUGGGCGACGCCAUCACACAAGUGAAGCAGCGCGUGGAACAUCGUCUGGAGCAGAUCGGUCGUCCUCAGGGCGUUCGCCUCCACACGGCUCACGUGCUGUGCAUGGACGCCAUCCUGAACGUAGGCCUGGAGAUGGGCAGCCACAACCACGACUGCUGGCCGCACGUCUUAAGGGUGACUGAAUACGUCAGCUCGCUGGAGCACACUCACUUCAGCGACGGCACCUCCCAGCCGUCGUCUCUGACCACCAUCACCCAGCAGAGCCAGCAGGCCGGCGCCGUGGACCUGGGGACGGAGCUGAGCUGCGAGCCCAGCCCGGAGGCCUCGGAGCUGGGCCUGAGCCAGCCGGUCAUCCAGCCCCUGUCCAUCCAGGAGCUGCUGAGGGAGAGGAGCAGGGGCCGGGGUCCGGACCUGAAGAGCGGCAGCCUGAUGACUGGGACCAGUGCCGCCAAGGCCGUGUGUACGCUGUCCACGCAGGCCGACCGGUUGUUUGAAGAAGCCGUCACCAAGCUGAACCUGGUCGGCCUGGUCGGCUUCCUGCAGCAGCUCAGGAAGGCGUCUCAGUCUCAGCUGUUUGACUCCGUCACUGAAAGCGGAGACUAUUCUCUGGCAAUGCCAGGGGAGGCCAAGUCCACCCUGGACCGGCGCAGUGCUCUCCAUCUCUUCCGUCUGGGCGAGGGCAUGCUGAGGAUCGUCAGGAACCGGAACCGACCUCUGCUCCACAUGAUGCGGGCCUGGAGCGUCGUGGCACCGCAUCUGGUGGAGGCGUCGUGUCACAAAGAGCGCCACGUGUCCCAGAAGGCCGUCUCCUUCAUCCACGACGUGCUGACCGAGGUGCUGACGAGCUGGGCGGAGCUCCCGCACUUCCACUUCAACGAGGCGCUGUUCAGGCCCUUCGAGCACAUCAUGCAGCUGGAGCUGUGUGACGAGGACGUCCAGGACCAGGUGAUCACGUCGAUAGGCGAGCUGGUGGAGAUGUGUUCCCCUCAGAUCCUCUCAGGGUGGAGGCCUCUGUUCAGCGCUCUGAGGACCGUCCACAGCAGCAAGAGCGACACCAAGGACUACCUGCUGGGGGAAUACUCCAUGGGGAAGUCCCAAGCUCCGGUGUUUGAUGUGUUCGAGGCUUUCAUCAACACCGACAACAUCCAAGUCUUUGCCAACGCUGCGACCGACUACAUCAUGUGCCUCAUGAAGUUUGUCAAAGGCUUAGGAGAAGUGGACUACAAGGAGAUCGGAGACUGUGUCCAUGCGUCGGGUUACAGCUCCACUGACCUCUGCCUGCCUGCUCUGGACUACCUACGCAAAUGUUCCCAGCUGCUGGCAAAGAUCUACAAGAUGCAGACCAAGCCGGUGUUCUUGGGGGCGCGGCUCGCCAGCCUGCCAAUGAGAUCCCAGGAGCGCUCCGUCAGCACCGAGGACGGGAUGGACUGCGUGCUGCAGGAGUUUGACGACGAAACGGGGCUCAUCCAGGUGUGGAUUCUGUUGCUGGAGCAGCUCACAGCGGCGGUGUCAAACUGUCCCCGCCAACACCAACCUCCGACCCUGGAGCUGCUCUUCGCUCUGCUCCGGGAGGUCUCCGCCGUGCCAGGUCCCGGGUUCGCCAUCUUCUCCGUCAUCCAGCUGCUGCUUCCGGUCAUGACGCUGUGGCUGCAGCGUAGCCACGGCGACCACUCCUACUGGGACGUGGCCGCGGCGAACUUCAAACACGCCAUCGGCCUGUGCUGCGAGCUGGUGGUGGAGCACGUCAACAGCUUCAUACACUCAGAUAUCGGUUGUGAGUCCCUGAUCAACCUGAUGCUGAAGCAUCUGUUCAAGCUUCUGGUGGCGUGUGUGUCUGAGCCUGCAGAGACCAUCUCCAGAGUCGGCUGCUCGUGCAUCAGGUAUAUUCUGGUCACCGUGGGUCCGGUGUUCACAGAAGAAAUGUGGAGGUUGGCGUGCUGUGCCCUGCAGGACGCUUUCUCGGCUACUUUAGAGCCCGUCAAGAACCUCCUGGCGUGUUUUCACAGCGGUUCGGACAGUUUUUCCGGAGACGCCUGCGAGGUGAAGGUGGCGGCUCCGUCUCACUGCCCUUCGGCCGAGGCGGAGUACUGGAGGAUCAAAGCAAUGGCUCAGCAGGUCUUCAUGUUGGACACCCAGUGCUCUCCGAAGACGCCCAACAACAAGGAGGGCUUCGAGCACGCUCAGUCCUGCGUUCUCGUCAUCGAGCUGCCGGCGGACCAGCAGGCCAACGGGCACGCUGAGAAGAGGAAAAUUGGGAUUCCGUUCCGCACCAUCGUGGUCAGCCUGCUGUCGCACCAGGUCCUGCUCCAAAACCUCUCCGACAUCCUGCUGGAGGAGUUCGUCAAGCAGCCCGAAGGCAGCGAAAGGGUCACCCCCGUGACCUCUGACCCCGGCCGUGCCUCAGCGGGCUUCCUGCGCUACAUCUCCAUGACCAACUUGGCCACAAUCCUGGAUCUGCUGCUGGACUCUUACAGGACAGCGCGAGACUUUGACACUCGGCCCGGCCUCAAGUACCUGCUGAUGAAGGUGUCGGGUGUCUGUGGAGCGGCUAAUCUCUACCGUCAGUCCGCCAUGAGCUUCAACCUGUACUUCCAGGCGCUGCUGUGCGCCACCCUGAGCCAAGCCGACAGCAUGACCGCACAGCAGGUGAAAAGGAUGCUGCGUGAGGAAGAUGAGGGGAGCUCUGAUUCUUCUCAUCCUGGCUCUGCUUCCUCUGAGGACGAAGACAUCUUUGAAGAGACGGCACAGGUCAGCCCCCCUCGCGGCCGGGACAAACGUUAUCACUGGCGGGCCCCCAUCCCGUCUCUCAGCGUGCAGCCGCUGAGCAGCGCUGACUGGGCGUGGCUUGUCAAACGCCUCUACAAGCUGUGCAUGGAUCUGUGCAACAGCUACAUCCAAAUGCACCGCGACCUGGAGAGCACGCUGGAAGAGAUGGCGCUGCAGAGAGGCGGAGGGGGAGGGGGAGGAGGAGGAGGAGAUCAUGUCUUCUUCCUGCCUCUUUUCCAGUCCGAGACUUCCACUCCGACUUCGGCGAGCGGGCUGUCGGCGAGGGGGACGCCGUCGGAGGACGGCGGGCACAGGUGCCAGGCGGCCGACAGCUCGGCAUCCCCGGGGGACACGCCCACUCCCAGCCCGGGAUUCAGCUGCACGGGGAGUCUGCCCCACCACAUCCGGCCCGAAGGCGAGAGGAGGAACUCCGGGACGGCGGCAGGCUGUGCGGGAGGAGCGGGACGGAGAAAGGAAUGGUGGGAAAGCGCCGGGAACAAACUGUACACGAUCGCCACGGACAAAACCAUAAGCAAGCUGAUGAUGGAGUACAAACGCAGGAGGCAGCAGCAGGCGCCGCAGCAGCAGAGCCACGUCAACCUGUUCAUGAAGGAGCAGGGCCGGGCGGCGGCGGCAGCGGCAGGAGGCGACGGCGGCGGCGGCGGGGGGGAGAGGCCCCUGCAGAGGCCCCAACAUCUGGUGGACCAGCAGGGUCCCGCCAUGAGGCACUCGGUCAGUGCGGGACCCGAGGUUCUGAGGCAGGACAAGAGACCACGAUCAGGAUCCACCAUCAGCUCCCACGGCAUCUCUCUGAGGGACGCCGAGGCUCAGAUUCAGGCGUGGACCAACAUGGUCCUGACUCUCCUCAAUCAGGUCCUCCUGCUGUCGGAUUCCUCGUUCCUGGCGCUCCAGCCGGCGCUCUACGCCUGCAUCAGCCAGCUCUCCUGCCACGUGAGCGACGGCCGCGUCCGCCAGGCGCUGCGCGAGUGGCUGUGCCGCGUCGGCAGACUCUACGACAUCAGCGUGUGACGUGGCGGCGAGGAAACCACCGAGGACGCAGACGGACGGAAGGCGAACGACGUUGGUUUGGCGGCGUGGCGGAUUCCUGAAGUAAUUCACUAACUUGAUGCAAGGCAGAGUCAUGAGCACGCCGGUUGGUGGUCUCUGAUGUCCUCAUGUGGACCGGUGCCACUUUUCGAAGAGCGGCACGUGACAUUAACGGCGUGCGGGAUUUAGCGGCAUCUGGCGGUGUGGUUGCAUGUUGCCACUCCGCUCUCUUCUCACCAAGGCCGCGGUAACAAGCUCUUUUUCUCUCUCCCGGAGGCCUCCCUGACCACGAUGACACCACUCGAGGAGCAGUGGAACCAGCGGUUUGCUCUCCCGCAGCUCCCGUUGCCGUGGUUUCACUAGCGCGUUGCGUAGCGCUGUUGAAAGGCUCCCGCCGGGUUUGGUUUGUCUGCGCCGGGCUGCUGUAGAUACACGAUGGACUCCAAACGCUGAUUCUUACUCUGCAUAUAUUAACUGAAUAUUACAGUGCAUUUCUGCUAAUCGGUCACGCGGGACGCUCCGCGCUGGCCCUUUAAGUGAUUGGCAGGUGAAAGGACGUGACGUGAGAAUGAAGGGUUUGGUUUGUGUAUGAAGGAUUCUUUGUAUUUCAUGGAAACGUACUGUGUCAAAGCUUUUAAAUAUGAUAUGCUUGUUGUCAGUUUUGGGACACGCUCAUGAUCCUGUCGCAGUAUUGUCCCCAAAUGCUCGAUAAACAACAACUUUGAAUUUUUGCUUCAGCCUAAAGUGGAUGCAGACUUCAAAGUGUGCAAAUGUGCAGAGUUUUGAUUGCUGUUUAAGUUUAUUUGCCCUUUUUUAAAAGGUCCCCAGUGGCGUUUUCUUGGAACACUGCUGUCAGCGGCUGUUGGGGGGGAUCAAUGGCGUAGAAUUAGAUUCUUGCAGCCAUCUGUCCGUUUGACGCUCCAGCUGUUCAACAUCCGAGUGUUUCUUUGCUCCCAUGAGCUGUGAGAGCGUCAGAUUCAAACCAAAGGGACGCGUCCUCAUCAAAGCUCCAUGUGGUCAAAAACGCUGCAAGGUACCUUUUGAGGAAAAGUAUAUUUCGUUAUAACCAUGGAGGGAGGGUUGAACUCUGCUUUGGCCAUUAUUACUUUGCAUUGUUGUAUUUAGUUCCCAAUCAGAGCGUUCGGUCCGUUACACCCGACAGAGACGUGCUUUACAUGGUACAUAAAAGUGUUUUUUCUGCGGUGCAUUUUCUAUAUCCAGCUUUGAAUCCUGUGCGGCCUCAUUUAUCACCUUCAACUUAAUUUCUGAAUGUUUAUUAUACACCCUAAAAAAUUCUGGAAUUAUUAUAUCACCAAAGUGGAGUUAUCGAGUAUUUAUUUAAACCAAAACAAACUCACAGUAUGUUUAAUUUAAUGUUGAAUGCCUAUAAUAUUGCUCUUGUAUGUGUUUCAAUGUAUUUAUGUAAAUGCUUUGUUAUUAAGAUACUUAUCCCUCAGAUUUACAGAUUACUCUUUGCUACCCAUCAUGUUGUCAAGUGUGUCUUUGCAAGAAACCUAAUGUGCAUCUUAGUUUACUCUUCGCCCCAGUGUUUGCAGCCUGUAAAUAUCAAUUCAGCUGUUUUUUAAUGUAAGUGGCAACCUGCCGGCAUGUGAAGCGAAGCAGAUCGAGAAGUGCCUUAAACUUGCAUCCUUUGUAGUGAGCAUCAGGGAGCCUGAAGCCUCCUCCAACACAGCAUGACGUUUAUUUAAUCGGAGUCACGCAGCCCGUGACGCAGGUUUAGGGCGGGCUUACUGUGACUGGCGGCUGCUUGUCGUUGUCGUGCAGCUGAAACGGUUCAGUGGGUGUUUCAUGUUAAAAGAAGUUAAUUGUCGCCUUUCGCUCGUCUGUUCGCUUGUAGUUUUGUCAUAUUUUUUGUGCGGCUUUUGCGGCUGAGUCGCUUUUCAUUUAAUAACACAGCGUGUGCAAUUGUUCGAUAUAUAUUAUUCAGAAGAAACGAAUGGACUUUUGUGUUCAGUUACUCUUUGAACAUACAGCAAAGUGCUCUUACGGAGCUCUGCUCAAAUCCAUCUUCCACAUCUGCUCCCGCCGUCGUUUCCCGAUUGUCCAAAAGUUUGACAAACUGCUUCACAGCGUCCCGCUUUCUGUCCCUGCUGUCUCUCAACCCCGCCCGGCGUCCCUGACCUGUCCUCGUCCGUCCUCGUUCCCUGCUGUUUGAGGAUGAGCAUCGUGUGGACAGAUGUUGUGUGAUCAGCAGGGGGAGGAUUUAGUUGGUGUUAAGUCCGUGCCAGCGUUUCCAUCUAAUAAAUAAAAAAAUAAAUAAAAAAGCCGUGGAAUUGGGUUUCGCUUUGUGCUGAUUUCUACCUGCUUGUCAUUAAUUCAUUCACGCCGCUGAUUGUCCUCCCAUGAGUCUCAACGAUAUCGUUUUUUGUUUUUCUAUUUUCACCUCGACUCUUGUGUCUACCGAUGUGCGUUGGUCUCACGGCGCGGACGUUUGGGACGAGAUUCAGAUUCAGGAACGACCCGGAGUUCGUCGCAGCAAAACAUCAUGUGCAGCGUGAGCUGCUGUGAUGCGCUCGGGUAAAGUCUAAAACCGAGCACAGGCUCCAAAUCCGUCCAUUUUCAUGCGCUCCGGCCCCCGGAAAGAUUUCUCCACAAAGUCUUUAAAGCUCUUAUUGCUUUCUGUUAUUGCGAAAGCGCCUUCUUUUGUCCUUUUGCUGGGAAACCGUAAUCGCAUUUGUACUGAUAACUUACAGUGAAACCAUCUGCAGUUGAGUGUGCAGCCGAGGGAUUAUUGGGUCUGUGAGCAGAUUGAAGUUGGUGACCUAAAACGCUUCGCUUCGCUCAAACCCAAGAAAGUCUUUAAAAAAGGAAAAAAGCGUAAAACAAUCUUUUGUUUGGAGAGUUUUUACUUGUAACAAUACAAAUGAAAAUGAGUUUGCACAACGCAGAUGAGGGAUGAUGUGUUUGGCUUUGGUUUGUUUUGCAGACAUUGGUUUUUGUUGUGAAAGCAAAGCAGGUUUAACUCCGAAUGUCCUGUCGCUGUCUGCGUUUGACCCAGAAAUGUUGCAUCGUGGGAAAACGGAGGACUCGGUGGCUUUUGGAGCUCGACUCGUAGAAGCAGGAAGUUUGUCUCUCACCUGUCCACCGGCUCGAUGGGAGAGACAUGCGACGUGACCCGACGUUUAGUCCACGAGCGAGAACACUGCAGUAAUUUCAUCAAUGAAUUCAACGUAUUUGUGCAAGAGCUGCUUGCUCUUUCAGCAAGAUGAUAACGUGGGAUCAGAUUUGAUGUUUCCACAAUGCUGCAACUUUCUCUUCUUCUGUCUUCUUUUAUGGGGGGGGGGGGGGUCUUUUUUUUGGUUGCAGCUUAGCUUGAACUGGAAUGAGAAACUCAAAGCUAUCUGAUGUUUUGAGGAGGGACGCUGGACGCUGGGAGAAGGUGUUGGGUGUCAAACUGGGGGGGGUAGGUGUCCGUUGGUGUUCCUGCACACUCAUUCACGGGUUUGGUUCCUUCGCUGAGCUCGAACGCUUCGCCGCUGGUCCGUGAUUUCUAAAAGUGUACUUGUUCCUGCUUUUGAUAUCAAAUAAAGGCACCUGUAGUCUC